GGAGGAAUCUUGAAUACACGCAAAGAACACUAGAGCUAAUACCUGACUUGGCAAACGAGCAGAAUACCAAGAAGUGGAUUCUUGAUAUCCACAUUGUAACCAGAGUGGUCUUUUAUUUAUCUUUUGAACUGACUAAUAUUUACAAUGAAUGGGCACAGUGAUGAAGAAAGCGUAAGAAACAGUAGUGGAGAGUCAAGCCGAUCAGAUGACGAUUCCGGGUCAGCAUCAGGUUCUGGAUCUGGUUCAAGCUCAAGCAGUAGUGACGGAAGCAGCAGUCAGUCAGGUAGCAGUGACUCUGACUCUGGUUCAGAGUCAGGCACUGAGUCAGAAUCAGAGUCUGACACAUCUAGAGAGAAGAAACAAAUUCAAGCUAAACCACCAAAAGUUGAUGGAUCUGAGUUUUGGAAGUCUAGUCCAAGUAUACUUGCAGUGCAGAGAUCAACAGUACUCAAGAAGCAACAGCAACAACAAAAGACAGCCUCAUCAGACAGUGGUUCAGAAGAGGACUCAUCAAGUAGUGAGAGUUCUGCAGAUGAUUCAUCCAGUGAAACCAAGAAGAGAAAACAUAAAGAUGAAGACUGGCAGAUGUCAGGAUCAGGGUCAGUAUCAGGAACUGGUUCUGAUUCUGAAUCAGAAGAAGAUAGAGAGAAAAGCAGUUGUGAAGAGAGUGAAUCUGACUAUGAGCCAAAAAACAAGGUUAAAAGCCGGAAGCCUCCAAGCAGAAUUAAGCCAAAAAGUGGGAAGAAGAGUACAGGACCAAAAAAGAGGCAACUUGAUUCAUCGGAGGAUGAAGAGGAGGAAGAGGAUGAUGAUGAUGAUUACGAUAAGAGAGGAUCUCGUCGCCAGGCAACAGUCAACAUAAGUUACAAAGAAGCUGAAGAAACCAAGACAGAUUCUGAUGAUUUACUGGAAGUUUGUGGAGAAGAUGUCCCACAGACUGAAGAAGAUGAAUUUGAAACUAUAGAAAAAUUCAUGGAUAGUCGAGUUGGACGAAAAGGAGCCACAGGUGCUGCAACCACCAUCUAUGCAAUUGAGGCAGAUGGUGACCCAAAUGCUGGGUUUGAAAAGUCAAAAGAGCCAGGAGAAAUACAGUAUCUUAUUAAAUGGAAAGGUUGGUCACACAUCCAUAACACUUGGGAAACUGAGGAAACACUGAAGCAACAAAAUGUUAAAGGAAUGAAGAAACUGGACAACUAUAAAAAAAAGGAUCAGGAAACAAAACGAUGGCUGAAAAAUGCUUCUCCGGAAGAUGUGGAAUAUUACAACUGCCAGCAGGAGCUUACAGAUGAUCUACAUAAACAAUAUCAGAUAGUGGAAAGAAUAAUUGCUCAUUCAAAUCAGAAAUCAGCGGCUGGUUAUCCAGACUACUAUUGUAAAUGGCAGGGUCUGCCCUAUUCGGAAUGUAGCUGGGAAGAUGGUGCUCUCAUUGCCAAAAAGUUUCAGGCACGCAUUGAUGAGUACUUUAGCAGAAAUCAGUCCAAGACAACUCCCUUUAAGGAUUGCAAGGUACUAAAACAGAGGCCAAGGUUUGUUGCACUGAAGAAGCAACCAUCAUACAUUGGGGGACAUGAAAGUUUGGAGUUAAGAGAUUAUCAGUUAAAUGGAUUGAAUUGGCUUGCUCACUCAUGGUGCAAGGGGAAUAGCUGUAUUCUUGCAGAUGAAAUGGGUCUGGGUAAAACAAUACAAACAAUUUCUUUUCUGAACUACCUGUUCCAUGAACAUCAAUUGUAUGGGCCUUUCCUGCUUGUCGUGCCACUUUCUACCUUGACAUCUUGGCAAAGAGAGAUUCAAACUUGGGCUCCUCAGAUGAAUGCUGUAGUUUAUUUAGGAGAUAUAACUAGCAGAAAUAUGAUAAGAACUCAUGAAUGGAUGCAUCCACAGACCAAACGAUUAAAAUUUAACAUACUUCUAACAACGUAUGAAAUCUUGCUUAAGGAUAAGUCAUUCCUUGGUGGUCUGAAUUGGGCGUUCAUAGGAGUUGACGAAGCGCAUCGUUUAAAAAAUGACGACUCUCUUCUGUACAAGACUUUAAUAGACUUUAAGUCUAACCAUCGUCUUCUUAUUACUGGAACUCCUUUGCAAAACUCCCUGAAAGAGCUUUGGUCUUUGUUACACUUCAUCAUGCCAGAAAAGUUUUCCUCAUGGGAAGAUUUUGAAGAGGAGCAUGGCAAAGGGAGAGAGUAUGGUUAUGCAAGUCUUCAUAAAGAACUUGAACCAUUUCUGCUGAGAAGAGUUAAAAAAGAUGUAGAAAAGUCUUUACCUGCUAAAGUUGAGCAAAUUCUGAGGAUGGAAAUGAGUGCAUUGCAGAAGCAAUAUUACAAGUGGAUUUUAACCAGGAAUUAUAAAGCCCUCAGUAAAGGUUCAAAAGGCAGUACAUCUGGCUUUUUGAACAUCAUGAUGGAACUCAAGAAGUGCUGUAACCAUUGCUACCUCAUUAAACCACCAGAUGAUAAUGAAUUCUAUAAUAAACAGGAGGCUUUACAG